CCGUCUGCGCAUCUGCGGGCUGGCGGGGUCACACCGGUGACCGUGUGGAGCUGGUGGCUGUGGUUAUGGCUACUCGUCGAGCUUUGCACUUCGUAUUCAAAGUGGGAGACCGCUUCCAGACGGCGCGUUUCUUUCGCGAUGUUCUGGGGAUGAAGGUGCAGACGGGGGCCGAGAGGGGCUGGCGCGCGAGGAUUCUGCGGCAUGAGGAAUUUGAAGAAGGCUGCAAAGCUUCCUGUAAUGGGCCUUAUGAUGGGAAAUGGAGUAAGACAAUGGUGGGAUUUGGACCUGAGGAUGAUCAUUUUGUCGCAGAACUGACUUACAAUUAUGGCAUCGGACACUACAAGCUUGGCAAUGACUUCAUGGGUGUCACACUCGCUUCUAGCCAGGCUGUCAGCAAUGCCAGGAAGCUGGAGUGGCCACUCAGUGAAGUUACAGAAGGUGUUUUUGAAACUGAGGCCCCAGGAGGAUAUAAGUUCUAUUUGCAGAAUCACAGUCUACCUCAGUCAGAUCCUGUAUUAAAAGUAACACUCGCAGUAUCUGAUCUUCAGAGGUCCUUGAACUACUGGUCUAAUCUACUGGGAAUGAAAAUUUAUGAAAAAGAUGAAGAGAAGCAAAGGGCUUUGCUGGGCUAUGCUGAUAACCAGUGUAAGCUGGAGCUACAGGGCAUCAAGGGUACAGUUGAUCAUGCAGCGGCUUUUGGAAGAAUUGCCUUUUCUUGCCCCCAGAAAGAGUUACCGGACAUAGAAGACUUGAUGAAAAGGGAAAACCAGAAGAUUCUGACUCCCCUAGUGAGUCUGGAUACCCCAGGGAAAGCAACCGUACAAGUGGUCAUUCUGGCUGACCCUGAUGGACAUGAAAUUUGUUUUGUGGGGGAUGAAGCAUUUCGAGAACUUUCUAAGAUGGAUCCAGAGGGCAGCAAAUUGUUGGAUGAUGCAAUGGCGGCAGAUAAAAGUGAUGAAUGGUUUGCUAGACAAAAUAAAUCAAAGGCUUCGGGGUAACAGAAGACAUGAUGUGGAACAAGCAUUUGUGAUUGCUGUCUAGCACCUGCAAGGCCUGAUGUGUCCAUGCAUAGUAAAUGCUCUCACAACUUGGUGGUUUCCUGUAUAAGCAAGGAGGCUGGGGUGGGAAAGAUCUGUGUGUUUUAAUCUUUGAAAGCUCUAAGAUAUAUUUUAGAAACAAAAUCCUAUUAUUAUCAGUACAAUUAGAGGAGAACUCUUGUUGUAAUCUGCAGUGUCACUAGAAUGGCACAUCCUAUGUGUAACUCUAUUAGAUUAGGCAUAAAUAACUUUUUAGCUUGGGCAACUAUGUGGGACAUUACCUUUGGUUGGAGGUGGAGGGAAUUUUGAUAAGAUUAUAGCAGAAAUACUUCUAGCACCAUGAUAGUAUGCUGUUCUAAUGCCUUCCUCUGGCAGGCCUUGACAUUGGAAAAUGUUAAAGAAAUUUUGUUCCUUGAAUCAAAAGAUUUGACUAACAUGCCACACAUUCCUUGCUUCAAAAUUUUGAGCAGCCAGAGAAAACAGAUGGAAGGAUCUAAUGUGUUGUGCUGCUACAUGCCUGGCUUCCUGCUAUUUUCUUUAUAUAAUUUUUUAAAAUCUUCAUGAGAAUUUUGAUUUCUUAAAUAUGGGUUAGAUUUCUUAAAUAUGGAUUAGGUUAUUUCUUGAGCCUGAAAAAAUUUUUUUAAUGAUUUCUUAUAGUUUUCUACUUUGUUCCACAGAACAAAUUAAUUUUAAUCAUUGGAAACAGAGUUACAUUGGCCAUAUUUAUUAUAAAUGGUUUUUGAAAGUAUACUUCUGAAAUAAAGUUGUUAUACCAGCGUCUAAGACUCUAUUUAAAAUGGGUGGUAGCCAGGUUUAAAUUUUAGGGAAGAAGCUGAGGCGAUUGAAAAGGAUUGACUCACCAAGAGAAAAAAAUCCUUUUCCAGCUCCCCGGUCCUUUUCAUUCAACUUAAAUUCUCUGUCUUAGGGAAGCAAUCAUGAGUUUCAAAGCAAACCAAAUUACAUAUGUUCCUUCUCUAGAUCAUUGGUUCACUUUUUUUCUAUACACCAGGAAAUUGUAUGGAUUUUGAAUAACAAAUUUCACUGUGUUUCUUUAGACUAUGAUUUGUUAAUUUUCAGAUUUCCUAUUAGAUUAUUAAUUCUUGAUGUUUAUUUCUAGUAACACUGUUCUUGUGCAAAGAAACUGUGCUUUUCUCAGUGUAUUAUGCUGCUGUCAUAGGCCUUCUAAGUUUGUCAUAGCAAAAUAAACGGUUUAUAUAAGUACUGAA